GUUUAGCAACUUGCCUUCACUGCUAUCCACAAUGGAUGACGAUGAAUCGUAGAUUUCGAAGGUUAUAGUUUGGGAGUACUGUUAUCUCCAAAUACUUUUGAUUAUGUAAUAAUAUUUUUUAUAAUUUAUUUGCCGUAUUUCAUUAUUCAAAAGAAGAAGUAUUUCAUUUGUGAAAUCUUUUCACAGUAUUUUAUGCCCAAGGAUGGAUCAGUCACCUAGUAAUGUGCUUAAGGUGAUAUUUGGAGUACAUUUAACGCUAAUAUCACUUGGAUCACAAGGAUACUGGAAUCCUGAUUCGUAUAUGCUUUAUAAUUUAAUAUUCCUUUUGACAAUCUUAUGGAGUAUUCAUAAUAAAGAUAAUGCAGAACCAUUACAAUACGCAAUAGGUGUCAAUUUACUUGCAGCAUUUCUGGAUGUAAUCACAUUUGUGGGUUAUUUUCCUACAGGUCGAGGCAGUGGAGAAAAAUUCAGUGCUGCAAUGGCAAUAAUUAAUCUUCUUGUUAGACCAGUAUCAUUGGUGUUCAUGUGUCGAAUGUGUAAUCAAAGAAUGGGAUUAGAUACUGACAAUUUUGCCAAUAUCUUUACAGGAAACAAUAUUGCUACUUCAUCUAGCAGAAACACGUAUGAAGAUAUUGGAAAUUGAAGACAUUUGUAUAUAAUUUUUUUACAAAUAUAUUUUGUAAAAUCAUGAUAAUCCUCGUUCGUUAAUUAUAAACGUAAGUUAGGGUUAUGUACAAUAAUAGUUAUAUAUUUUACCAAGUCAUUCAAACAUAGUUUAGUUAAAUCAAAUUAUAUACUUGCACGUGUUCAGAUUCGUCAAACCAGCUAUCAGUAUUUUGAUUUAAACAGAUCUGUGAUAAUUCAAGUUUUCAUGCUUAAUAUUAAAAGAUGCUUCGAUCUUUUAAUAUACUGUGAUUCAUUCUCAUACCAAAGUUAAAAAGAAUUGAAAACAUUAUUUUGUAAUGUUAAUUGUGAAUAUGAACUUUAUUCAGGCACAAAAUUCAACUGUACAUUAUCACUCUCACUGGUUUUAAUUAUAACUUAGAAAUUACUUAUGUAUGUAAAUUUAUUAUAAUUUAAUUUAAAUGUUAUUAAAUAGGAACAAAGGCUGAUAUGUAUUUUUUUUUUUUAAAUAUUGCUGUGUUCAAUAAACUUAUGUUAUCUGAAUCUCUAGGCCAUAAAAAACAAUGAUUUUCAUAUCUUUAGCUGUUAAUGUGACGAAAUUUUCUAUCAAAAGUCUUGUCUUGAGAGGAUUUUUUUCAUUAUUAAUGUUUCUUUCCCCUAUCACCUUUAUGAAACUAAAACUAAUUGCUACUUUAUUUUUUUAAAAAAACUAUAAUUUUUUAAUAAAUUUAUAUUAUAAACUUUCUUGUUAUUAACAUAUGUAAAUAUGCCCUUUACUGGGAAGGACAGUGAUAGAGAUUUCAUCCUAAAUCUUAGGAUUCAAUGGUGUUCAAACUGCUUGAAUAAUACUUUAACAUUGACUGAUACUCAUUUUCCAAAAAUUGAAUGGAUUGAGAAAAUGUCUGUCUAAACAUGGUUUCUUCAUCUUGGUAAAGCCUUUUAUAUUUAUUUUGAAAGGAAAGCUCUCUGAGAGCGUUACCAUUUCUAGCUGACGU